AUGGUUCAAAACAAGGCUCUUAUCUUCGCGGAUUACCCUACAGGUUGGCCUGAAUCGGGCAAGCAUCUCAAGAUUGAGGCCAGAGAGUUCGACACUCAGCAACAACCUCCAAAGGGUGGAAUCACAGCCAAGGUUCACUAUGUCUCCUUCGAUCCGUACCAGCGUGGCCGUAUGAGGAAGCCAGAGAUCAAGAGCUACGCCGCACCGUUCGAGAUCGGCAAGCCUGUCACGAACUCAGCCAUCCUCACCGUACUCAAGAGCGACAACGAGAAGUUCAAGGCCGGCGAUGUCAUUUACGCGCCACGAGGAAACACCGAAGAGUACAGCGCGUACGAGAAGGAGGUGGCAGACACUUUCACUCCCAUCCCACUCGGCAACCCCCACAACCUGGACCUCAAGUACUUCAUUGGUGCUCUUGGCAUGCCAGGCUUGACUGCCUACAGCUCAUUCUACGAGAUUGGUCAACCAAAGAAGGGCGAGACCAUCUUCAUCUCUGCGGCCUCAGGUGCCGUCGGCCAGAUUGUUGGCCAGCUCGCCAAGCACGAGGGGUUGACUGUGAUUGGCAGUGUUGGCGACGACAAGAAGCUGGAGUUCAUCACCAAGGAUCUUGGGUUCGAUGGCGGCUUCAACUACAAGGCGGAGAAGCCCAUCGAUGCGUUGAGGAGACUGGCACCGAACGGAAUCGACAUCUACUACGAGAACGUUGGUGGCGAGCAAUUGGAGGCUGCCAUCACGCACAUCACCAACUUUGGCCGUAUCGUUGCAUGCGGGAUGGUCUCGCAGUACAACACCCCUCCUGCCGAGGCCUACCCAAUCCGCAAUCUCAUGCAAGUAGUCGGCAAGCGCUUGAAGAUGCAAGGCUUCAUCGUCUCCGACUCAAACAUGGGCCCCAAGUACGCCAAGGAGCACCAAGAAAACGUGCAGAAAUGGAUCGCAGAGGGCAAGUUCAAGGCGGUCAUGAGCGAGACGAAUGGUAUCGAUAACGCGGCGGAGGCUCUGAUUGGGAUGCUGGCAGGCAAGAACUUUGGAAAGGCGGUGCUUGUCGUCAACCCGUUGUAA